AUGGCCAAAGAUUUCAAUGAGUUUAUUGCAAAAGCUGGACUAAUGGAAUUCAACACUGGUUGUUAUAAGUUCACAUAUAAGUGUGAUGAUGGUCUCAAGCUAAGUAAAUUAGAUAGAAUACUAGUGUGCUCAAACUUCAUUGCAAUGCAGACGAUGUCCACUGUCAAUGUCCUGGAUCGUGAGUAUUCAGAUCAUGCACCGGUUGUUCUCAAACCUUCCUGUCAAGACUUUGGACCACCUUCUUUUCGAUUCUUCAAUUCGUGGAUGCUUCGUGAUGGUUUUAAUGAGGAGUUUGAAAAUGCCUGGAACUCUUUCAUGGGGUUUGGCUCUCCAGAUAUGUUCAUUAAGGCUAGACUCAAGCAUGUUAAAAACCGUAUACGUAAAUGGAGGCAAGUUGACUCAAAUGAUGAAUCGAAACUGCUCUUGAACUCAAAGACAAAGGUUGCUGAAUUAGAGAGUAUAGUUGAAUUUCGUGCAUUGACAGAAGAUGAACUGCUAGAACGAAGGAAGUGUAAAACAAAAAUUAGUGAACUGGAAAAAUUUGCAAAAUUAGAUAUGCAGCAAAAGGCAAAGGUUAAGUGGCUAACUGAUGGAGACGAAAACACGGCAUUCUUCCAUGGCUCGGUUAAAAGCAAAAAUCAGAAAAAUCGAAUACAUGAAUGGCCUGAUCGUCCGAAGCUCAUUAGCAACCUAUUCAAAUCUCUAUCUUCUGAGCAUGUUAGAUUACUUGAUGCAUCUUUCACUUUUGAGGAGGUAAAACAUGCUGUUUGGAGCUGUGGUGGUGAAAAAGCUCCAGGACCUGAUGGUUAUACCUUCAAGAUACUUAGGAGUAAAUGGGACCUUAUCAAAUCUGAUGUUUUUCAUUUUGUAAAACAUUUUGAAUCCCAUGGAAGCCUAGCACGUGGAUGUAACUCUUAA